GUUACAGGUCUGUUUUUGUAAUAGCACACAGGGUAUGAGGCCAGUGGGCGGGGCUCUGCCGCGUGACGUUGGACGAGUGACGCCAGCGAGGUUAUAAGUAGUUGUCGUUCAGCCGGUCUGUUUUGUGUCUAUGCGUGAAGUCAACGGGAUAGGUGCAUUUUACAAACUACAACCUCUAAUCGUUUGUUUUGGCCUAGUUUCAAAAGAAGCUGUGACAUGGAGGUCAGCGCGGAGGCCAAGAGGAUCAUGGUGGUGGCUUUAGGGAAACUGUACAGCUCGCGUACCCAGCGAGGGGGUCUCCGUCUCCACCGGAGCCUCCUGCUGACUCUGGUGAUGAAAUCCGCCCGGGACAUCUACCAUGCGGCCCAGGCGACGGUGGAUAGUGUUGGCUCGGGAUGUGUGCAGCAACACCCCUCUCUCGAGAUGACUACAACAACCCCUGUCGGCGACCAUGUGGAGCCCCAGGGUCCCGCCUCGCUUGUCGCCGGACAGCCUCGGGCUUCACCCCGGGUCCAGGAGGAGGUCGUGGAUUCACCCACAGGACGGCGCACCGGGGUUGGAAACAAGGAGAAUGUGUGUCCGACUGGCCCUUCGAGAAAAAGACGGGGCAAAGCAGCCGCCGAACCGGACUUUUUACCUUGCAAGAAAGCCAAACUAGAGCAGGGGAACUGCCACCAACAGCUCACCGUGACCUCCGUUUUGAUAGACUAUGUGAACUGCGGUAGUGAACUGGGAGCACCCCCGACACCAGUGCCUCUACACAGAGCCAUUGCAGCGUGUUGAAGCCCUGCGCAGUUAUAAAUGUAACGUUAUAAACUUUUCGACACGGCCUGGGAGCCUGAAGCGCGCCUGCAGAGGGCCUCUUCCAGGGCCGUCGGAUGAACAACCGGACCAGUGUGUCCCAAUCCCAAAGCAUACAUCCUGAACAGGAACAAGCCGGGACAUGUCACGGGGAUCACGGAAGCAGCCAAGUUAUUGCGUAGUGGUGACUUUUGGCCUGAUUAUGGCCUACAGCCUACCGAAUAAGGACUGACUUCAACUGGCCAAAGGCGGAACUAAAGGAAUUAGUUCCUCUGGAUUUGACCUGCCUUCACGAACUCUCAUAGAGAACAAGUUGUUGCUCUAUUUAAAAGAUGUACCAUUCAAUGAAUGUGUUGAGGCCUGAGAUCAAUGCUGCCUGAAGUUGUGCAUUGUGUUGAAUUCAAGUGUAAAACAUUCACUGACUACAACUACCUCAGUAUUUAUUAAAUGUUUUCUAUAUAAAGUGAAGCUGGAGUGAUGUCAUAUUUGCA